AUGUCGCCACCAGACCACCACGUAAAAAUUAACAAAGUUGUAGUUCACCCGCUCGUUCUGUUAAGUGUUGUUGAUCACUUCAACAGAAUGGGAAAGGUGGGGAAUGUGAAAAGAGUUGUCGGGGUUUUACUUGGGUCCAACAGGCAAGGCGUCCUGGAUGUUUCCAAUAGCUUUGCUGUACCUUUUGAUGAAGAUGACAAGGAUCAGUCUGUCUGGUUCUUAGAUCAUGAUUAUCUGGAACAUAUGUACGGCAUGUUUAAAAAAGUUAACGCUCGAGAAAGAAUUGUUGGCUGGUACCACACAGGACCCAAACUGCACCCCAAUGACAUCGCCAUUAGUGAAAUGAUACGCCGAUACAACCCAGCCGCGGUGUUGGUUGUCAUAGAUGCUAAACCAAAGGAACUAGGUCUUCCAACAGAAGCUUACAUUUCAGUUGAGGAGGUUCAUGAUGUAA